CUUAUAUGGCGCGCGUUGAAGCACCAUGCGUUUCGUCUCGGGCCUACCUAUUGGACUCUUCAGUAAGGCUUAGGUAGGCCUUGCCUUAGACGCCGGUUACGGAUCAUAGGUUGGAAGUUCUAUUUGAAUCGAAACGCCACAGAUGUUAUGCGGUGAUAUAUAGCUGGCGUUUCGGUUGAAGUUGCUAGUUGAGAAGUGGCGGAUAGAGCUCGCCACAACCAUAAUAUAAUAACCUAUCAUAACAACGUGGCGUCAAGGUUUUGUAUUUGUGAUCAAAUUUUUAUUUGUGGUUCAAAUUGAUGCUUUUAGUUGAUGAACAAAUUUUAAAAAGUUGCUGAAAUGAAUGACGAGAAAGUUCAGAAGUAUUUUCGAGAAAUUGUCCAAACGGAAAAAGAUGUUUCAGCUGGAGUUGCUGCAAUUCGGACACUUAUGGAAGUGAUCGCACAGACUAAAUCCGAGACUGUUCAAGAACUGGAAACGAAUCUUAAGAGUGCCAUUCAUGUUAUGAAAAAUUCCGACCUACCAGUUGCUGUUAUAACAUCAGCAUGUGAGCUUUUUUUAAGAUUUAUCACAUUAGUUGGUUUGGAUGGCGGCAGUUUCCAAGAAUGUAAACAAAUCAUGUUACAUAGAGGAAAUCUGUUUUUAAAUAAGCUGGGUGAGGCAAGAGGCAAAAUUGUUAAGUUUGCAUCCAAAUUUAUUGCAGAUGGAUCGAAAAUUCUAACUCAUUCAAGGUCUAGGGUUGUUUUGCAAACAUUCUGCCAUGCUUUUAAGUUGGGCAAAAAGUUUGAGGUUUUUGUCACACAGUCUGGUCCAGAUAACAGCGGUAUACAAAUGCACAACGAAUUGCGUGCCUAUGGAAUUCGGAGUACUUUAAUUCUGGAUUCUGCAAUUGGGUAUGUGAUGGAACAAAUAGAUUUCAUAAUGAUAGGAGCCGAGGGUGUUUUAGAAAGUGGUGGCAUUGUAAAUAAGCUUGGAAGUUACACAAUGGCUGUUUGUGCACGGGAAUUAAAAAAGUCAUUCUACGUGUUGGCUGAAAGCUUUAAGUUCUCCCGGGUAUUCCCUUUGAAUCAACAGGAUCUACCUCUAGAAUAUAAGUACACUUCGGAAGUAAGGAAAUCAUCAACAGAUCUUAAGACCGUACAUCCAUUAGUUGAUUACACCCCGCCAUUAUACAUUACAUUACUUUUUUCAGAUUUAGGUAUUUUAACGACAUCUGCUGUAAGUGACCAAUUAAUUGAGCUUUAUAUGUAGUUGAACACUUUGUUUUAAAUCAGGUUUUUCUUUAAUAAAAAAACUGAGAUCUGUAUAAAA